AUGGUGGAAAGGUGUGAAUUGCUGGAUCUUGGCGCUAUUGGAAGUAAAUAUACUUGGUUUCGUCGAACAGAUUUGGGCCAAUCCACUUCCAAAAGGCUUGACAGGGCUUUAGAUGAUGUUGAGUGGCGACACCUGUUUCCCGAAGCUGUGAUAGAGAAUCUCCCACGCAUACACUCGGACCACUGCCCACUUCUUCUCCGUUGUGGUGGCUUCGAUGAUACCAGAGGCAAGAGGCCGUUUCGUUUUCUCGCAGCAUGGGCCUCACACCCCCUAUUUCAGGAAGUUAUUGAAAAUGGCUGGAAUCAGGGUGACGGUAGGAUUUUGUCCCGACUGGAGCAUGUUCAGCAAAGGGCCACAGAUUUUAACAAAAACAUUUUUGGGAAUAUCUUCCAACGCAAGCGCACCUGUGAGAAUAGGCUCAAAGGGGUCCAACGUGCCAUUGAGGAAGGGGAGACAAGCAGCCUCUUGCGUUUGGAGAAAGACCUACAACAAGAGUAUGGGACCAUUCUCUACCAGGAGGAGUUGCUAUGGUACCAAAAAUCUCGGGAGCAAUGGGUUCGUUUUGGUGACCGGAAUACACGUUUUUUCCACGCUCAAACUGUGAUUAGAAGGAAAAGAAAUAAAAUACAUGGCCUGGUACUGCCGGAUGGGACAUGGUCGACGGAGCAGGUAAAGCUUGUGGAUGCAGCACAGAGUUUUUUCCAGGGUCAGUUUGCGUCUCCAGCAAUUUCGGACCCAGAAGCUAUCAAUCUCCAAAGUCUCCCUAGGUUAAGGAUGGAAGGGGUAGAAGCACUUUUGGAGCCGGUAACCAAGGAGGAAGUGCGCCUUGCCGCGUUUGAUCAAGGAAUACUGGACUCGCUGGUGGUGUUAAUUCCUAAGGUGGAUUUUCCCAAGCACCUAAAGGAGUUCCGACCGAUCAGCUUGUGUACGGUGAUUUACAAAAUCAUCACAAAGGUGUUGGUGGGUCGUAUUAGGCCCUAUCUUGGUGAUUUAAUUGGCCCCCUGCAGGGUAGUUUUAUUCCGGGAAGGAGCUCCGCUGAUAAUAUUCUUCUAGCACAAGAGGCGAUCCACUACAUGAAGAAGACCAAACUUAAGAAGGGCGCACUAGCUAUGAAAAGUGAUUUGGAGAAGGCAUAUGACAACAUUAGUUGGGAGUUCCUUAAGCGUACCCUGGAGCAGUUUGGUUUCUCAAGUGCCACGGUGAAGCUUAUCAUGUGGAUUGCUACAAAUUCAAAGCUUAGCAUCCUUUGGAAUGGGACUCGCUUGGAUAGUUUUGCGCCAUCUCGAGGACUUCGCCAAGGAGAUCCGAUGUCCCCUUAUCUUUUCUUGCUAUGUAUGGAGAUCUUGUCUUUGCAUAUUCAUGAGCUUGUUCAGCAAGGACUUUGGAAGCCUAUUCACCUUGCUAGAAACAGCACGAGGUUGUCACACCUUCUCUUCGCAUAUGACAUUGUUCUCUUUGCGCACGCCUCUUCAACCCAGGUUCAGGUGGCUUGGUUGCCUACCUCUGUGUGUGAUCGAAUGGACCAAAUAAACAGAAAAUUUAUCUGGAGUUCCAACCCCUCUAAGAAAGGCUGGCAUCUGGUGAAGUGGGGUACGGUGACGAACGUGAAGAGUCAAGGUGGGUUAGGGGUUCGGGAGGCUAGGAUGGGAAACAUUGCGCUACUUGGCAAACUGGUUUGGAAGAUGUUACAUGAGCCUUCCUGUCUAUGGGUUCAGCAGUUCAAGAGCAUCUACUUGAAGGAGACGAAUUUCUUUGAUUAUAAGAUUAAGGGUAAUGUCUCUUUCGCUUGGCGUAGUAUUAUUCGUGCUCGUGAUGUUUUAAAACACGGGUUUUCCUUCCUCCUGCAGCAUGGGGAUUCCUCUCUUUGGUAUAAUGAUUGGGCUGGCAUUGGUGCUCUUUGCCAUUAUGUACCAUAUGUCCAUAUAAGUGAUGUGGAGUUGAAGUUGAAAGACAUUUGGAAUACUGGUUGGCAAUGGAACAAGCUAUGGACAAUUAUCCCGCAGAAAAUUUUGGAUCACUUGAAUCAAAUUGCAGGGCCCACAGGAGUACCGUUCCCUGAUGCUUGGAGGUGGCAGCACCGUCCUGAUGGCCUUUACACAGUGGCAUCUUGCUACUCCUGGCUUAGGGACCAGUCACAUGAAGGCUCUGAUCAGCGGGUUUGGUCUAGAAUCUGGAAACUGCAGAUCCCGGAAAAGUAUAAAUUCUUUUUGUGGCUUUGUCUUCAUAAUGCUCGCAGGUUUACUUGUCAGUUAGCAUCGAGCCCAGCGUGCACCCGUUGCUCUCAUCCGUUGGAGGAUGGCUUACAUUGCCUCCGAGAUUGUCCCCAUUCUAAGGAGAUCUGGUUAAGGUCAGGGUGCGCUUUCUAUACUCUUUCUUUGAAACAGACUUUUGGAAGUGGCUAG